CUCUGAGAAACUCCUCGGGCCGGGCUGAGGCGCCACCAUGAAGGUGGCGGUGCUCGACUUGGGCACCGCGUUUGCCAAACUCUUCAAGUCCUCUUCCUCCUCGUCUCCCCCUUACUCGCCAGCCGCCGCCGCCGCCGCCUCCCCUUCCAGCAGCGCGCCUCCGCCCAAGGCGCUGCUGCCCCUUCCUCCGUCUCCGCUGGGGUCUCUGCCCGCUCGACCCGCCGCCUUGCAACCCGCAGGGGGCUCGUCUAGCAUAGCGGCAGCCAGUCGAGGCGCUCCCGGCGGGGCGGCGGCGGCGAAGUCCCCCGGUGGCGCCGGCGGCAACAGCUCUCCGCGGGCGGCGGCGGCGGCGGCGUCCCUGCCAAGGGAGCCCGGGGCUUGGGCAGCGCCCGCGGGCAAGCAGCUGCUCUUCGUCACUCUGCCCGACAUCGGCGAGGAGGGUGCCCCCGACGCCGACCCCGCAGAAGAGGCAUCGGGGCCCAGAAAAGGACUGUCUAAAGGAGACGCAGACCGCUGUUUCCAAGGAAAGAGUGAGGAUGGCCUCCCAGCACCUUUUACCAAAAGCGUGCAAGAAGCCAUUGAUAAAUAUACAUUUGUCUCUGUUUCAUCACUUUCAUCAAGCAGACAGACAACACCAACAGACUUGAAUAAUUCUUGGUCUGGGAUUCAGAGUUGCACCACUGGCCCAUCUACUGAAAGAAGCUCUGUUUACUCCUGGAGAGAUGACGAAUUCGAUAAAGCUAAUACACAAAGAGUUCAUCAGCUGUUUUGGGAUGUGGAUGAAAUGUUGUUUGAAGGCAAAGUGAGUUCCCAAACGGAGAGUCUAAAGGCAGAAUGCAAGGAUUGGACUAACAGAUCACUUCACCUAAGGAUUUUGGGGAAACAGCUCAUUCUCCCAAAAGAUGAGGGCUUUCAGCAUUACCAGGGCAGAACUGCAAGCGCUGUUUACUCUAGGUCCUUACCUACCCUGAGUGAAAUCACCAGCAGUAUGAAAGAGUUAUGCAUCUCAGGCUCCAAACUGAUUCCUGCAGCUUUUCCAGUGCAGAAGGCAUUCAGCUCUGAAUUACCAGAAAUUUCUUUAGCGAAAUCACCUGUAUAUUCAUUCUUGGAAGAAGAAAUCUAUGAUGCAGAAGGAAAAAUUGAAGAGUAUCUUGCAUUCGACAACAAGGAACUUGAUGAUGAAAAGUUGGAGCAAAAGAUAUAUCAGCUUGCCCAAAAGAGGGUUAAACAUGGCAUUCCUCCUAUUUCCCCCAAUGCCUGUAUCAAAGAUGCUGUGGCUGCGGAAGUUUUCGAUCACCUCUGGAAGAAUGUAAUUCAAGUACUGGAAGAAUUAAUAAGGAAACACUGGGAAUCGUCUAUCACAGAGAAUGACAAACAAAUGGAGAAAUUGAAAGCUACUGGAAACAAGUUACCACAUCUAUCCAUUUCCCGUGUUGCAAUGGAUACAUCUAGUGUACCCCCAUCAAGAGGGUCAGAGGCUCGAGGCACAUCUGUUGGUUUGCAUUUUGUCCCGUCACAGAUCCACCGGUUUCCCAGCAAUUUACACAGCGAUUUAAAUGGUGUCAUGACAAUCCAAGCUAAGCCACUGCAACAGAGGCACUCUGGGCUAACAGAAAAGAUACAGAAUGAGCAGGAAGACAAGCCGCAAGUGGGUUCCAGUGUUAAUUCAGCACGAAACCGGCUUUGGCGAAUUCCUGACAGUAGCGUUCUCUCAUGUUCCCGAGUAUUGCUUGGAUCCUCUAGAAAAACAGCAGGCCACCGUAGACUACCGUCAAUAGCUACAGAUCCUCUGCGCUCAAAGACCCCCAAUGUUUACAGCGAUGAAGUCCUUAGGGGGACAAAACUAUGUACUGCCUUAGAUCGCUUGUCCUCUCCACUUCUGCCUACAGCCCGGAACAAGCUGCCACCAAUUACAUCAGAUGCCGUUGAGCAAUAUCUUUCCAUUCCUGGAUCGCAGCUAGGCUUUCAUAAAGGAAGGUAUCCUCAUAGCAGAAUUUCCAGCGCAGUACCUGAUGGUGCAGAACGGCGGCCACUUAGAGAGCGAACUGUCAUAAUAGAUCAGUUUUCUAGACCCAAUACUACUCACACGUUUCGGUCAGAUACACCUCAUAAAAUAUCAUUGACUCCCAUGGAUUUUACUAAUCAAAUGUGGACAGGUCAUGGGGUAUUGAUAGGUUCACAGUUCCAUGCCAAAUCAUUCCAGAGAAAUCCACCUGUAGCUAGAAGAAGAUUUCAAGUUGCUUCAUAACAUAUAGCAGAAGGCAAAAACAACAACCAACCAACCAACCAACCCACCAACCCGAUCUGUACUUUAUGGGACUCUGCAAUACUCCCAACUAUUAUCAGAAGGGAUGGCGUUCCAGUAUUGUAGUUUUGUGCCUUAGUGUUCUGUGUCUCUGCGUACAGCAUGCUUGAAAAUUGUUUCACCAAAGACUCAUUAGCAAGCACAUAAAGACAGUGGCAUAUAUCUGUAAAACAGAAUAUGAAUUGG